GGCUGCGCCUACGACGCCGACAACGGUUGUGGUUGCUACUAUUACGCCGAUCUCGACUUCGACUGUUGCGGCUGCUGGAGCGCCGGCUGCAACGGGUUGGAUGGGGGUUUAGGGCUUGGUGGAGAGGGGAGAGUAUGUGUUCUCGGGAUGGGGGGUUUCCAAGGAGUCUACUCGCUGGCCGGAAGCUCUGUUCUCUUUUUUCCCUUUCUCAUCGCCAGGGACGCGUCAUUUACUAUGUCAUGCAUGUUAGACAUUAUACCUGAUAGACGGUUUUCUUACACCGAGUCUGAUAGAAGGGCACUCGAGGUUACAUGUGAUAC